CACCCCCUCGCCCGCCCUCCCCGCCGUGCUCCUCCCCGCGCCCCUCCUGCCGCCGCGGCCGGAUCUGUCUCAGGGGUGGGGGGGCGCUUGGCCCUGCGCACUGAGCGAUGUUUGUCCGCCAUCGCGGCGGACGAGGGUGAAGGAAACGCCGCCGCUGCCGCCGCUGGAGACAGGGGCCUGCGCCGCCGCCGCCCAGAACCCCCCGUAGCCGCCUCCCUCCUCCCCGCCCCGCACACCCCGGGGGCCGCCGCCCGGAGUGAAGGUCGCCAGGGGCUCCUGCCCGGGGUCUCCCCGAACCCCCCCCUCACCCCGCAGGAGGCUCCGCUCGAGCCGGGUCCGAAGAUGUCGAACCUGAGCAAGGGGACGGGCAGCCGGAAGGACACCAAGAUGCGGAUCCGAGCUUUCCCCAUGACCAUGGAUGAGAAAUAUGUAAACAGCAUCUGGGAUCUCCUGAAGAAUGCGAUCCAAGAGAUCCAGCGUAAGAACAACAGUGGUCUCAGCUUUGAGGAACUGUAUAGGAAUGCAUAUACUAUGGUGUUACAUAAACAUGGAGAAAAAUUGUACACUGGACUACGAGAAGUCGUCACUGAGCAUCUCAUAAACAAGGUGCGAGAAGAUGUGUUAAAUUCAUUGAAUAACAACUUUCUUCAAACACUAAACCAAGCGUGGAAUGAUCAUCAGACAGCAAUGGUGAUGAUUAGAGACAUUCUCAUGUACAUGGACCGUGUAUACGUACAACAAAAUAAUGUGGAGAAUGUCUACAACUUGGGGUUAAUAAUUUUUCGAGAUCAAGUUGUACGUUAUGGCUGUAUAAGAGAUCACCUACGGCAGACUCUGUUGGAUAUGAUCGCAAGAGAGCGGAAAGGAGAAGUUGUAGAUAGAGGUGCAAUAAGAAAUGCUUGCCAGAUGUUAAUGAUUCUAGGUCUUGAAGGAAGAUCAGUCUAUGAAGAAGACUUUGAGGCUCCAUUUUUGGAGAUGUCUGCAGAAUUCUUUCAGAUGGAAAGUCAGAAAUUUUUAGCUGAAAAUAGUGCUUCAGUAUAUAUAAAGAAAGUAGAAGCUAGAAUUAAUGAAGAAAUAGAACGGGUGAUGCACUGCCUUGAUAAAUCAACAGAAGAGCCAAUUGUGAAAGUUGUUGAAAGGGAGCUUAUAUCCAAACACAUGAAGACUAUAGUGGAAAUGGAGAACUCUGGGCUUGUUCAUAUGCUGAAAAAUGGGAAGACAGAAGACCUUGCUUGCAUGUACAAGUUAUUUAGCCGUGUGCCGAAUGGCCUGAAGACAAUGUGUGAAUGUAUGAGUUCGUACCUGAGGGAGCAAGGUAAAGCUCUAGUAUCUGAAGAGGGAGAAGGAAAGAACCCAGUUGACUAUAUUCAGGGUUUACUGGAUUUGAAGAGUAGGUUUGAUCGGUUUCUUCAAGAAUCUUUCAAUAAUGACCGGCUCUUCAAACAAACUAUUGCGGGUGACUUUGAGUAUUUCCUCAAUCUCAACUCUAGGUCUCCAGAGUACCUCUCAUUAUUUAUUGAUGAUAAGCUGAAAAAAGGAGUCAAGGGACUAACGGAGCAAGAAGUAGAGACUAUAUUGGAUAAGGCAAUGGUUCUGUUUAGGUUUAUGCAAGAGAAAGAUGUUUUUGAACGUUACUAUAAACAGCACUUGGCAAGAAGACUUCUUACAAACAAGAGUGUUUCAGAUGACUCUGAGAAAAAUAUGAUAUCUAAAUUAAAGACUGAAUGUGGAUGUCAAUUCACAUCUAAACUGGAAGGAAUGUUCAGGGAUAUGAGCAUCUCAAACACAACAAUGGAUGAAUUCAGGCAACAUCUACAGGCUACAGGGGUCUCAUUAGGUGGUGUUGAUCUCACAGUGCGGGUUCUCACAACAGGCUACUGGCCUACUCAGUCAGCCACACCAAAGUGCAACAUCCCUCCAGCCCCCAGACAUGCUUUUGAAGUAUUUAGAAGAUUUUAUUUAGCCAAACACAGUGGUCGACAGCUGACACUCCAGCAUCACAUGGGUUCAGCAGAUCUCAAUGCCACCUUCUAUGGACCUGUUAAAAAGGAAGAUGGCUCAGAGGUUGGUGUAGGAGGUGCCCAAGUAACUGGCUCAAAUACAAGGAAGCACAUAUUGCAAGUUUCCACUUUCCAGAUGACGAUACUAAUGCUCUUUAACAACAGAGAGAAAUACACGUUUGAGGAAAUUCAACAAGAAACUGAUAUCCCUGAAAGAGAGCUUGUUAGAGCCCUACAGUCCCUUGCAUGUGGCAAACCAACACAACGAGUUCUCACAAAAGAGCCUAAAUCAAAAGAAAUAGAAAAUGGUCAUAUAUUUACAGUGAAUGAUCAGUUCACGUCCAAAUUGCACAGAGUCAAGAUUCAAACGGUUGCUGCCAAACAAGGAGAAUCAGACCCAGAAAGAAAAGAAACAAGGCAGAAAGUAGAUGACGACAGAAAACAUGAGAUAGAAGCUGCUAUAGUGCGGAUAAUGAAAUCUAGAAAGAAGAUGCAGCACAAUGUGCUAGUAGCAGAGGUAACUCAGCAGCUGAAAGCUCGAUUCUUACCAAGUCCAGUUGUUAUUAAAAAACGUAUUGAAGGACUUAUUGAGAGAGAAUAUUUGGCACGAACACCUGAGGAUCGCAAAGUAUACACUUACGUAGCAUAAAAUGCGUUCAGCAAAUUUGAUUUAUUCUUGGACUAUACUCUCCGCAUGAACUGGGAAGUUCUUUUAAAUCAUUAAUAUUAAAGACGACCAUCUCUUCUAUUAAAUUACAAUACAUGUUCUAGACCAUGCAGAUCAAGCCUUUACUCCUUUUGAGAGUUUUCAACAUCAAUUGAUUGAGCUUCAGGCUUUUCAACGUUAUCCCUGUAGAGAUCAUUCUUAUAAUUCCUCGGGAAAAUGUGAACGUGCAGCGUUUGUUUUCAAAACUGUAUGAAAACAGAAAAAAAUAAACAAAUUUAGAAAAUACAGCUCAUUAAAAAUAAAAUUGUUGGAAUUUCA